AUGGCCGACCAAGACCUCAUAACCUACGCGCGCGAUGCCGCCAACCGCGGGGAUGACCUAUUCGCCCUCCUCGCCACCGACGCGACCGCCUCCGAAUCCGACAUCCGGCGGGCCUUCCGCCGCAAGGCGCUGACUGCGCACCCGGACAAGGCCGGCGACGCCUACGACCCAGCCCUGUACGAGCGCCUCGAGCGCGCCCGCGAUGUGCUCGUCAGCCCCGAGGCCCGCGAGGCCUACGACAAUGGCAUGCGCGCCAUCCUCCAGAAGAAGCUGCAGCGCGAGCAAAUGUCUGACAAGAGGCGGCGACUGGUGGAGGACCUCGAGCGCCGCGAGGCGGAGGCGAAACGCGUCAAGACGGCGGCGACCCAGCCCCAGCCGCAUGAUGCGGAGCGCCGUGCGAUGGCGGAGAGGGGGAGGGCCAAGAUGGAAGAGAUGAGGCGGUUGAAGGAGGAGGCGGAGGUGCGCGAGCGGUUGGCGAAAGAGAAGGAGGCUGCUGAGGCGGCGGCGACAGCGACUGCGGACGGGCCAGAUCUAUGCAAGGCAGCGCCAGACAACCGCCCCAUACCCCCGCCGACGGUGGACGACUACGACGAGCGAAUCGCGGAUCUUGAGAGGCGGUUGAAGGAAUCGCAACAGCGCAAGGCCGAGAAGCAGCAGCGCAAGGAGGAGCGGAAAACAGAGAAGGAGCGGAAAGCAGAGAAGGAGCGGAAAGCGGGAAAGAAAUCCGGGUCGCUGCCGGCGCCCUGGCCUACGAGGGGAAAGACCCCAGAAAACCCUCCACCCUCUACCGCGGCAGAACCACACGCUGACAAAGACAAGCUUUCCAAGCCCGCGGAAGCCGCGCCUCCCGCACCUCAGUCUGGUGCCGGCGAUCCGCCGAAAGCGAGCGAUCGCUUUGCGUCGACUCUGGCCAGGUUACGCGCUGCCCAGGCAAAAAAGGACGAAGAGAAGAGGCGGAAAGCCGAGCAGUCAUAG